CUCACGUGGACACAUUUUGGGCGGAAUAAAUCCUCCCGCUUCGCCUCUUCAUCUGAUUACCUUGAAAACAACGGUCGGACAUCUUGGACGCAGUGUCCAAUUCUUGAAUUUAUACCAGUGGUCGAAUCAGCAACUAGUGCUUUGAAAACUUCCUCGGAGUAUCGGCGCUCCGGUAUCACGAGUCCCAUCACGAAGCCUCUAGCUCGACCGAACAAAGUAACAUAACAUAACAUAUAUUUUGGUAUUUCUUAGCUACUGUAGUUAGCAACAACAAUGAGAAACUGCUGUGCGGUGAAUUGUGCUAAUCGAGCUGGUCAAGGAUGGAGAUUCUUCACUAUACCAAGAGGAUCUCAUCCCUUCCAAAAUAAUAGAAGACGGUUGUGGCUGCAAGCCAUAAAACGGGUGGAUUGGGGCCCUGAUGGUCUGAGGGGUGAUUAUAGCUUGUGUGGAGCUCAUUUCAUCUCUGGAGAACCUUCUAUGGACUACGACAGCCCCGAUUUUGUUCCAUCAAUAUUUCCCCAAGGCAAACAGACAAGAAACUCAAGAAAGACGAGAUGCAAUAAAGCACAGUCUGACGGCAGUGCUGUUGCCAUGGCAAGUCCAGACACAGAGGUCGAUGUCCUUCCUGACUGUUCUGAAGUGCUGCAUGGUCCUGAUUGUUACCAUAGUGACCAAAGCACGCUAGAUCCGAAGCUGGAGGAUGAAAGUCAGACUCUGGACCUGAAUAUCAAAGAAGAAGACGUGGAUAAUUUUAUGUAUCUAAACUAUUCUGGAGUUCUGAAAGAGGAAACGUGGGAGUGUCCUCAGCCUGGGAAAGGGGGUCCUGACUGUAACCAUAGCGACCUAAGCAAGCCAGAUCCAAAGAUGGAGGAUGAAAGUCAGCUCCAGCGUCUAACUGUUAAAAUCAAAGGAGAAGAAGAGGAGGAAACUUAUGGCACUGAAUGUGGCAAGACCUCUUUGUCAACAAGGAAUCCGCUCACGUCCACUGGAGAGAAUUCUUACCAUUGCUAUGACUGUGGGAAGAGUUUCAGUCAACAUUCAAACUUAAAACAGCAUCAGAGAACACACACAAGGGAGAAAUCUCAUAGCUGUUCUGACUGUGGAAAGAACUUCAGUCAUAAGGGGAGUUUGGUAUACCACCAGAGAAUACAUACAGGGGAGAAACCGUAUAGCUGCUCUGACUGUGGGAAAUGUUUCAGUCAAAAGGGGAGUUUGUUAUACCACCAGAGAAUACAUACAGGGGAGAAACCGUAUAGCUGCUCUGACUGUGGGAAAAGUUUCAGGCAAAAGGGGAGUAUGGUACAACAUCAGAGAACACAUACAGGGGAGAAAUCCUAUAGCUGCUCUGACUGUGGGAAGAGUUUUACCGCAUCUUCUACUCUAAAGAACCACCAGCGUAAAACACACUAGGGAAAAGCCUUACCAUUGCGCGGACUGUGGGAAGAGCUUCAAUCGACAUCAACAUUUCUCACAACAUCAGAGAACAGUGUGUUGGAUGCAGAUUGGUUGUUUCAGAUGUUGUGCCCAAUAGAAAUUAAAAGUAAAUAAUGUUGUCACUUUUAUUGUAAAUAGAAUAUAUUUCUAAGCACUUCUACAUUAAUAUGGAUGCGACCAUGAUAAUUGUGAAUGAUGAGUUAGGCAUAAAUAUCAUGCUAACCUCUGUUGUUGUAAUGGUAAGAGGCUAUGUCAUGGGGGUAUGAUAUUGUUUGUGCGUCUAACUUUCUCACUCAUAAUUAUUCCCGAUUUUUAAUUCAGAACUAUCUGUAAUCAUGGUAGCAUCCACAUUAAUGUAGAUUGUGUUUAGAAACAUAUUAUAUUCUUAUUUACAAUAAAAGUGACUCCAAAAUGACAAUACGUUAUUUAACCAUUCAUUUCUAUUGGGGGAAAAAAAUCUGAAACAACCAAAAUAAAUAACCAAUGCAUCCAAUACGUUUGUAGAGUCACAGGCUUGAUGUAGUCAUUAUGUGCUAGGGAUAUGGGACCAGAUACUAAGUCUGGCCACUUUAAUACACACACACACACUGGGCUUUUAAAACGCAUUCAGACCCCUUGACUUUUUCCCACGCGUUGUUACCUUACAGCCUUAUUCUGAAAAUGGAUUAAAUAAAUACAAAAUCCUCAGCAAUCGACACACAUUACCCCGUAAUGACAAAGCGAAAACAGGUUUUGAAUUUAUAAAAAAAAAAAACAGAAAUACCUUAUUUACAUAAGUAUUCAGACCCUUUGCUAUGAGACUCUAAAUUGAGCUCAGAUGCAUCCUG